AUGACAUAUAGGUUAAAUUUUAGUAUUUUGGCUUUGUUUGAAACUAAAAUUAGUGGUAUUAGAGGGGACAGAAUAAUAAAGAAGCUUGGAUUUUCUAAGAGCUUCAAAAAGGAUGCAGUAGGAUUCUCUGGAGGAAUCUGGUUACUUUGGGAUGAGAAGAAGGUGAAGGUGAAGGUGGAGAUUAUUGAUGACCAUCAUCAAUAUAUUCAUACUAAGGUGCUUUAUUUGGAGGAGAUGAAAUCUGAGUUUAUCACUUUUGUUUAUGGUAGUCCAAGAAGACUGGAGAAACAAACUUUGUGGUUGAAUCUGGAGAGCAUUGCUCAGGAGACUGAUGGCCCUUGGCUGGUUUUAGGAGACUUCAAUUCAGUUUUGAAUGCUUCUGAAAAGAUUGGGGGUAAGGAGAUCUGCUGGAGUAGCCUAAAUGAUAUACAGGAAUGCUUCUCUAGCUGUGAUAUUAGUGACAUUGGUUUCAAAGGUCCAGACUUUACAUGGAAGAGGGGUAAACUCCAGGAAAGACUGGACAAAGCUUGUUCGAAUGAGGCUUGGAAUCUAAGUUGGCCUAAUAGCAUCCUAUCUCAUCUGCCCUAUUUUAACUCAGAUCAUAGACAUAUCCUAUUAAUUCAGGAUCAGGUUUAUAAGAUGGAAGAUAAGGAUAAACCAUUUAGAUUCUUGGCUUCCUGGAUGACAGUGGAAGGCUUUGAGGAAGUGGUGAAGGAUAGAUGGAGCAAUCAACCUGAUUGGAAUAAUGCUAGGAGGUUGUUUGAAAUGAAGGCUAAAGAUUGGCAUCAUAAUGUUUAUAGGAUGAAUAUCAAAAAGAAGAAUAAAAUAUAUGCUGGACUUAGUGGCAUUGACAGCUAUAAAUCUGGCUUGUAUGACCAUAAUAUGGAGAUUCUUCAAAGAAGCUUAUGGAUGGAACUUCAGGAGAUUCUUGUGAGGGAGGAGUUAGCUUGGUUUCAAAGAUCUUGA